AUGGAAACAAAUACCCGCUCUAUUUUUCAAUCAAAUAACUCACAUCGACAUCAACCACCCUCACCCAUAUCACCGGGACAACGUGCAAACGAUACCUAUUUUAAUCAAACUCCAGAAAAAGCAUUCUCCCCCCAAGCAUAUUCUUUUUCAUUAGCAAAUUCAACUAAUUCACCGAACUAUUCGUCCUUCACAUCCAAACAUUCAAACGCUUCUCAAAUUACAGAAACUCGAAUGCUAAAGCAAACGGAAGAACCUGUGGAGUUCUUUAAUUUUGAAAAGGUGGUCCAAGAGUAUGGAGAGCGACCAGAGCUUCUUGAGCUUAUAUUAUCUAGUAAAGUUGAAGAAGACAGGCGUCGAGCAGAAGAGGCCAAGCUCAGGCAAAAAGAAAUAGACUAUAUCCUGACACGCAAUAAAACCGAGAUCGAUGUUAAUCAGACCUCUGCUCCUGUACGCUCCUGGAGAGCUAGCACUGGUCAGACAACCACAUCAGUCGAUCAAAAUAACGAAACUGACUUCAAUUUGCUUGAAGCUCGUACAAACACCCCACCGUCAAUUGAAAUACUCGGAACAUCGGCCCCAGCGAGAAUACCAAGUGAAAAGGGCUCUGCAAAUGAACAACCUUCAAAUGGAGUUAAUAUUCCAUCCGCACAUUUGAGAGUCUCGUCCUACCAACCGUAUUCCGUUUACAACAAUUCCGCGGACUCGCAUCUCACCGAAUCAAACAUUAUCAGGAAAAGAAAUAGUUUCAACCAUCCUACACCCUAUCCUCUACACGGUGGCCGUGCUGCGGACCCUCCCACUCGUGAAAGUUGGCCAUUAAGUAGGAUUCAGCCUCGAGGCCCAGACUCUAAUACGUCACCCGCACGAAGAGACAGUACUCGUUCUAUCAACAACCUCUUGUCGACGUUCUCGAUAUCAAGCUCAAUUAUGCUUCCACCGAUUAGUGCGACUUCUCAUCAGCGUAUUUCCCAAAUUGUAUUUGACCCAACACAACAAGAACGGCAGAAUAAUUACAAUCUUACUACCGGGCCUGUACUUACUCCCUAUCAUGCCUCGCUUGCUAUAUCUGACCAAGAUAAGGUCUCUAGUUCAUCUAGCUCUUCAAAGAAUAAUCUCGAUUCAAGAUGUACAGAUAUCGAGGAAAGGAAUUCGACCGAGAAUAUCGAUUCAAAUGAAAAGACAAAUAACUAUGAAUGUCUUGAUUUUGGAAACGGUGAUUAUUUCUCGAGAUUAGAUUCAGAAACACAAUCCGGAAAUAUAGUCUUGCCAAAAAAAUCGAUAGAAAUUACGACGCCUGCAAAGAUUCCAAUACCUCCAACCCCUUAUCAAAUUAAUAUGGACCUUGUUAAUUCUGCUCGGCCUAAAAGAAGAAGGCGCGAGAUGCAAAACAUUUCUAUGAUUAUUGAGACGCGCGAGUUCCCGUACAACGAUGAGUACCUAUGGAAAAACAACGGAAAUACAGUUCAUCGAAAGUCAGGUCAUAAAAGUAUAUAUUAUAAAUGUUCGAACAGCAGCAAGGGCUGCUCUGUAAAUAAGACGGUGACAUUUAAAGAAGACGGCGAGUAUCUUAUCAAAUAUCGGGGUCAACAUCUAGUCGAAUAUAGCUCGAAAAAUUAUAAUAAAAUCCGAGUUUCUGAUGGUCAGUGCAGUGCUUUGACUUCUCAGGAUAUUUCACGAAUAGGAUGA